AUGUGUCGAUUUCUGAUCUACAAAGGACUAGACGAGAUUCGUCUCAGUAAACUGGUCACAGAGCCAAGUCAUUCUAUCCUCACACAAUCAUAUGACUCCAGGUUACGAUUAGAUAACCGCCGGCCAGUAAAUGGCGAUGGCUUCGGCGUCGGGUUCUACACCGACCCUAAGCUAGGCCCAGAGCCAUGCAUUUUCACAUCCACGCUCCCAGCGUGGAACUGUGAGAACCUAGAACGUCUCGCUUCUAAGACCUGCUCCAAUCUGAUCUUCGCCCACGUGCGCGCAACCACAGAGGGCGCCCUGGCCGAUAACAACUGCCACCCCUUCCAGCACCAGACCCUAAUGUGGAUGCACAACGGCGGCGUCGGCGGAUUCCAAUACAUCAAGCGGCCUCUCGCCGACUCCCUGGCUGACAAGUGGUACUUGGGCGUCAAGGGAGGUACCGAUAGUGAGUGGUCUUUUGCACUUUUCCUCGACCUCCUUGAGAAGGAGGGUGUGGAUCCGAGUUCGGAUCCAGGUCCGGAGGGAUUCGGGCAGGCCCUUUUGCGCCGGGUCAUGAUGAAGACAAUUGCCAAGAUAAAUGAGCUUGUGCGCGAGAUUCCUCAGAAGCACAAUGUUACCAAUUUGGAGACCAGGAGUCUGCUCAACUUUGCUGUGACGGAUGGUCAUACUGUCAUCUGCACGCGGUACAUCAGCAGUAAGACGGAUGAGCCUGCUAGCCUGUACUUCUCGUCUGGUACGAAGUGGAAGGAGGGGAACACGAAGGGGCACUUUAAGAUGGAGCGUCAUGAUAAGGGCGCUGACAUCGUGUUAGUCGCCAGUGAGCCUAUCACUUUCGAACGACACAACUGGGUCGCAGUACCUGCAAACUCGGUGGUCACAAUUCACAAGCAGACCGUGAUGCUGCACCCCAUUCUGGACGAGUUUUAUGGAGAAGAUCUCAACCAUGAUCGUUCGUCUUGCUUCGCCAGCUCGAAGGGACUGGUCACUACAGCACCAGCUACGACUGCAAUCCCAUCAGAAACAGAGCCAUGUGGACCCAGUGUCGCCAAAGAUAGCCAAGGAGUUGGCCGAGAGGUGCCCAUACAAGGACAUGUCACAGCCUGCGCGUCGCAUUGA